GGAUCACUGGAUCAGGCAAUGUCUCCAUCUCCGGCAUAGCAGCCACCAGCUCGCUGCUAUUGGCCGGGUCCGAGCCGCAGCCUUCUCUAAUCCAGCGGAGCCUCUAUUAACCAAUUGACUUUUUGUGUGUGCUCUCAAGGCCACGCGCAUUGUGACCUGAGUUCUACUUUCGUAGAAACUGAGCAGACCGUUUGGUUUCUUUAUUUGCGAUCAGAAAUGGUGAUUUUGGUGAAGUAAUUGUUUGUUCUUUUUUAAUAGCAUUUCCUUUUUAUAACUCUCCCAAUUACGUUUGCGUAAUGAUUCGAAAAUCGAAACCCUAGUGCGGACCAAUUCCGGAUGGCUGAAAGCGUCGUAGUUGACUAUGGCCCCCGCUAUAGCUCUUGUGGUUACUGUAAAUCUGGUGACUCCACCAGUAUCUCACAUGGGCUAUGGGCUAAACGACUGACAGUUGAUGACUACCAAGCUCUUCUUGAUAGGGGGUGGAGAAGGUCGGGGUGUUAUUUGUACAAGCCUGAGAUGAAAAGCACAUGCUGCCCAUCUUAUACCAUACGCUUAAAAGCUGGUGAUUACAUUCCAUCCAAGGAACAACGCCGAGUAAUAAAACGGAUGGAGAGGUUUCUGGAAGGAAAAUUAAAUAAACAAGUGGAAGAGUCCAUGGACUCUGCAAGUACAUCCAGCACUGUCAUCAAUAAUUCCAGCAAUGAGAUUUCAAUAUCUAAGGAGUCUUUUCCGCCUUAUUGUGAGGGGAAAAACCAUUCUGAUUGGUAUUUGCAUUAUUUGUCAGAACAGAUCGACAAUGCUGUACAAACAUGUGCUGAACGUGGAGAGAUUCCCCUUGAUAUCCAGUUACCAAAAGCUUCCGUUAAAAAAGUUUCAUCUGCAAAUAAAAGAAAAUUACAGGUUCAAGGAGCAGAAGAUCUCUUAUUUACCAGCAACAUCUCAUUCCAGAUUGUUUCUGUUAUAAGGCGGUCCAAAAAGAAUUCUGAACCAGGAAAUGCUGCAGAUGUUGCAAAAAAACUUGCUAGCUGUUUAAAUCAAUUGGAAGAAUUGUCUGGUUUUGGAGUUCUAGCUUGCAACGGCUACAUUAAUUUCUACUCAUCCAGCAAACUGCAAAGUUUAGGCUAUGCUUCAGAAAGAGACAAAGGAGAAAGUUGUAGUAAAAGAAGGUACAUAGAUAUCAAAACACACAAACUCGAGAUCCGUCUUCACCGAUCCAGCUUUGAUCCUGAAGAAUAUUCCUUGUAUAGAAGAUACCAACUCAGAGUGCAUAAUGAUGAACCGGAUAAAGUCACAGAGAGUUCUUAUAGAAGGUUUCUGGUUGAUUCUCCGUUAGUGUUUGUUCAACCAACAGCUGACCGAAGUGUUCCUCUUUGUGGAUUUGGAUCCUUUCAUCAGCAAUACUUGAUUGACGGGCAGCUUGUUGCGGUUGGUGUGGUUGAUAUUUUGCCCAAGUGUUUAUCUAGUAAAUAUUUAUUUUGGGAUCCUGAUUUUGCCUUCUUAUCCCUGGGUAAGUACUCAGCCCAGCAAGAGAUCAGGUGGGUUAGAGAGAAUCAAUUGGACUGCCCAAAUCUUCAGUACUAUUAUCUUGGUUAUUACAUCCAUUCCUGCAACAAAAUGAGAUAUAAAGCUGAAUACAGACCAUCCGAGCUUCUCUGCCCCCUUCGCUAUACGUGGGUUCCAUUUGAGAUUGCAAGACCAUUGUUAGAUAGAAAACCAUAUGCAGUUCUCUCUGACUUGACUGUCAACAAUGAAGGACCAUUGCCUUCCAGUCUCAUAGAAAAUUACCGAGAUGAACAAGUUGAUGAUCACGUACCAGAGGGGUCAAAUGAUAUAUUUGUCCAGGCAGACCAAGAAAUGGUUGAAUAUGAUUCUGAAGAUAGUGACAAUAAAGAGGACCAACUAACAAGUGGUACCGUGUCUAGUGAGAUGGAAGACGGAGAUGUUGGUGGCAUUUUGGUUGGGUUGAAUGGAAUUCUUUUGAGGUUCCAGGAGCUGCUACACGCAUUUGGACCCAGAGGAAGACAACGUAUGACAACCCAUUUGCAGAAAUACAUGAGAAUUGUGGGAAAAGAACUCUCUGAGAACAUGGUUUAUUCAUUGGACUGAUAAUUAUACGUUUCUUGUUAUCUGAAAAGUUUGAGUUGUAAAUGUUGAAUAAAUAAAUUGCAUAAAUCAUUUUCCUUUACCCUUUGUAAUUUUAUUUAGAUAUGUUCUGUUUAUAUCCAUCUUUUCUUUCAAUUCAACAUAUUUAGGCAGUGCUUGGCAGCCAAAAUGGGGCU